AUGAGCAUGCCCGAUCUGCCCCGGCCAUCGAUGGGUGGAGCUGCCUCCGCUCUGGCACCGAGCCUCCUCGGGCGCAAGUCGGCCGAGAUCUGCUUUUGGCAAGCUGUCGAAGGCUUUAAGUCCAUUCGCGACGAGUCGAUUCAUGGCCUUGUGCUCGCACCGGCCAAGGUGCGACGGAAACGUCGCAGUAUCGAGAUCGCCCACGAAUUUUUGACACCGCAGAGUCCACAGGCACUGCACUGGAUCCUUCUCGAGUACCCCGAUGUGGUGGAAACGAUUGAACGGCUCGUGCAAGGCGAGACCGUGCCCGCAACAACAUUCAACGAACUCCAGCGUACAGUUGAGCGUCGGUUGGCAAUGGCCCACGCGCCAACCCCCCCCGAUGACAAUAUCUCUGUCUUGUUAUAG